CCGCCGCCAUCAUCACCAGCAGACUCGACAACACAACGCUGGCAGCAUUGAAAUAACACAUUAAACAAAUUCAACACAGUACAGACGACACAGUUAAAGCUAGCGACCGGGUAUUUGCACCACAUUCAGCCACGUUUUCGCCUGCACCGACGAUGCGCACGACCUCGUGAUCCCGGACGAUCCCAUCACAAAUGAGCAGCCUCUGGUCCUCCAAGCCGCUCGAGAAAGAGUCAGAGCCCGAGAUGGAGCAGGAGUCUGUGGAAUUCGAAGAUCCGGUGCCUGUAGCCGAGCCAGUCGAGAUGACGGAGGCGGAAGAGAAUGCUGAGCUUGCCCCCUCCGCCCCUCAGAGACCGCUCCUACGCCGCGACGUUGCGCAGCCUCUGCCUGAAAACGAUGCCUCCCAAGAAGAACCGCCCUUGCAGCGAUUACCAGCACUAGCGAUGCAACUUCCCAACGACCCCGGUUCCGACUCUCUGUCGCUGGCGCAGCUGCGACAGAUUGUGGGCCAGGUGAACAAGGUCGAGCCGCUGAUUUACGACUUCGACUACGCCGACACGGGGCCGCACGCCGAGGAGAUUGAUGAGUGGUUUGCAUACCAGUUUUGGCAGUGGGUGAGGCUUAAUGCUGCCCAAAAGGCGUUUGAGUGGCACUGGACGCACGACUCUGGCGCUGGACCCGACGCUACCUGGGACGAUGCUGACCACGAGACACGCGCACGCUUCGUCAAGACGGCUAUUGCAGGCGUCCAGUCGAGUGAUACAACGAAACGGUCGGCAUCGAUUGGAAUAAUCGUGUAUCUUGUUCUUGGCCGGUGGGGCGAUACGGCUAUGCCCAAUGCUACAGACGGUGAGAGCCGGUCGAUAGCUAGCAUUCCGCAACUACAGGCAAUUAAGGCUGGUGUGGAGUGUUUGACAUCGCUUGAAGGUCUGCCUGUUAUUUGGGCCGCCUUGCGAGCAGCCUUUGAGCUGCAGUGGACUGGCGAUACCCAGCAGGGGACGGCGCAGGAGACACAAGACGAAUUGAUGAACCUCAUGACUAUUAUGUAUAUCACACUGCAAGAAACCCUAAACGACCCUGAGGACAUGUCUUCAUCCUAUGGCAUCCUAUUAAACUUGAAGCCGUCGUUGGUGGAUUAUAUGAUGCUGACAACUUCGAAACUGCGAUGGGACGAGCAAAAUGUCAUGCCUCAGACACAAAUUCUUCUCUUAUUCUGGAAGUCUGUCCUCUUGGUAUUUGGCGGCAGCGAGGACCUCGAGAGAGUCAAGGAAGCAACCAGCGAAAUCACCGACGACAACCAAAAUAAGGAAACCAUUACGGCGUCACCGCUUGAUUACCAUGUCUUUCGUCAGGAAAUCACAUCGAAAUACCCAGCCUACGUUCCACCCCAGCCCGCCCUCCCCAUCGAACCCGAAAACGCAUCCAUCUUGCCGCCUCGUCCUAACCAACACACCCGCAGUAAUGGAGCAAACGGUGUUCUGCCUCCAGCCCCAAACACACAGGGAGGUGGUGCAUCGAUUCUUACACAGCCUGUCCACAUCGCAACGCCGGCUCCGUCACCACCACCAUCACCAGGCGUCGGUGGAAAGGGAGGCAAGAAACAGAACUACCAGACCAACCAAAACUUCCCCUUCAUGUAUCCGCCCUUGGAUGCCACUAGUAACAGCGCUGGCGGAAAGGGUAUGGCGGCUUUACAAGAAACUCUAGUGAAUCGCCGCUGGGAGGGAAGCGACAUUCCCGCGUCCAUUCUCGAGGCGGGUCAGCUAUUCUCUACCCGAGUAAGAAUGACUCGAUCGUUGCGGCAACUCUGGGACGAGAGAGAAAAGUUUCUCAAAUAUGAGCGAGGCUGGGAGGAUGAAGACGACGACGAUAUUAUCCCUGAGCUUGACUUGAGCGAACUAAGCAUUGAAGAGCAACAGAUUCUCAAGUCGUUCAAAUCCGAGGAACUCCGGAAGCCAGAUGUUCCUGUUACAGCCGAGGAAGCUGUCGAUUACGGACCAAAGCCCGAGUGUCUCUCUGACAGAGACAAGCAGCGACUGCUGGCGAUUGAAGACUUCUAUCGCGAGGCUCUGCCCCAUUUGCAAUCCCUCGUGAUAGUCCUGCUACGACCCAUAUUUGUCAAUGUAACUGCCCUAGUAACCGCCCAACAGGCAGCACAAAGCCAGAGUGGACGGCCAAACAGCGGCCCUAACGGAGGUCUGCGGUCUCAACACGAUAGCCAGAAUAGCCAGCAAGACGUUCCCGAACCAUCCCCAGAAGAGGUUGACGCAGCACGAACACGAGAAAUUACAGCCAAGGCUAUGAGCGGCACGUUGAUUCUUCUAUUGAAAUGGCUGCGCCUUUCUCACAUCUUGAAGUUUGAGUACAUGACUCAGCUCCUGCUGGAUUCUAAUUACAUCCCGCUCGUGCUGAAACUGUUUGCCCACCAGGAUAUCCAGCAGGUUGUGGACAGCAAGAUGGAUCGCGUCGAAAACAGCUUCUUUCAGUUUUGCAAUCUGCGGUCCAAGUUUAAGGAUCGGACCGACAGUGACAACGAGAAUGAAGACGAUGACGACGAUGCGGAUGAAGACUUGGAGAAGCAGCAAAACGAGGAUAAUUCGGCAGCUGAUGCAGAGGCUGCUGAAGAGAGCGAGGAUGAUGCCGCCCCUCCUCCCAUCAAGCGCCGCCGCUCUCCGCCACCAGCCGAUGAGGACAUGCCUGAUACCGAUGCUGAGGCCGACACAGACACAGCCAGCGAAGCACCAGCGCGACCUGAGGUUGACGAGCUAGGCUACCCGCUGACAUCGCAGCCCAUUGACCCCAUCACCGACUUUUCAUGGCGCAACUUUUUCUCCCUGAUCAACUACCUGCGCGUAAUGCAAAAAGUGUGCAAAAACAAGGCGCACCGCAACCUGCUUCUAGUGCAGUACAAGUCGUCCACGAUUCUGCGCAAAUCCCUACGUGUUCCACAGCCCGAACUGCGUCUCUACACCCUGAAGCUGUUCAAGAACCAGGUACCAUACUGCGGCCGCAAGUGGCGCCAGUCCAACAUGCGCGUCAUCACCGCCGUGUACCUGCACUGCCGCCCAGAACUUCGCGACGAGUGGCUCGCGGGUAGUGACAUUGAUGCCGAGGUGGACUCGGCGCUGCCGCUUGAGCAGGCGCUGCGUGGACUGACGCACUGGCUCAAUGCGAGACGGUACCCGGAUAAGGUUGCUGGCGAGGAGGUGCGUGCUGCGCUCAAGGUCGAGCAUGAUUUCUUCACGAGGGAGCUGGAGAAGAUGGAUAUGGACUGGGCAGAUCUUGCGGGCGAUGAGAUGAGUGAGGCAGAUGGUAUGGAUGGGUGGUAGAGAGAGAGUACAUAUAGGCAUGGAAGGAGUAUGUUUCUUUUUUUUUUUAUUAUCACAGACAGAAAAGACGUGUUUUAUUUUCAUCAUUAUGCGUUCAUUAUGUACUAUGUGCAGGUUUGGUCCCAAAGCGAUGUCUGGCUUCACCGCGGGGUAUCUAUCGUUUAUGUGGCAAAAUAUUCAACUCCAAUCUAAAUGCGCAACCAAAAAAACAAUCAAAAUCAAGAGAGAUUAUCCAACAUGAUGGACAUUUACUGGCGGUCGUAGAUGCCGUCUGUGUAGUGGUAGUUUCGAGGCGGCGUAGCCGAUGUGUUAGGCACUGGUGUGUGUGCUAUGGGCAUAUAGGGUUGCUGGUAGGCGGAUGUCGGUGAACGUGGGUAGGGCAGAGGAGUAGGUGUAUUUUGGGGGUAAGUCUCGCCAACGGGAGAGUGGCGUAUCUGGGAGAGCGGUGAGAUGACCGGCGAAGGUGGGCGGUUGAUGUGGUAGGUAGGGCUGGACGUCGAGACGCCUAGAUCGCUGUGAUACGGUCUCAUGUGUGCAUCUUCGGCGUUGUUGUAUGGUCGUUGAGAGGUGCCCAGGUCACUAUCAUACGGCCGGACUGGCGAGGUGCCAUGGUACGGGCUUGUAGUGGUGCCCAAGUCGCUGUCAGAGGGUCUGAUUGGGGAGUUGUUGUCAUAUGCUCUGACGGGAGAACUGCUAUGAUACGGCGAGGAAGCCAUGACAACGUCGCCGUGGUACGGGCUCGACGCUAUAGGGCUCGAAGUGUUCAUGUUGAGGGCGUCGGGGCUGUGGUAAGCGCUGCCGUAGCCCGUCUCAAUCUUGUUGUACGGCGACUCCAUGCCCACAGCCGUUGUAUCUGUGUUGUGGCUUGCACGGUUGUUGGGCUCAUUGACUUGCAGCUGGUCCGGGUGCGUGUGCUCGGGGAGCAUGUUGGCCGGGUUGACUGCCAUGGGGCUAUGACGGGCGCCAAAGAGGCGAGCAAAGAAGCCCGGCUUGCGGCCAGACUCGUCCGGGCCGUAGUACUGGUCGGGAUCGCCACGGGGGAAGCGGCGGCUGCGGUAGCGGCCACGGGCUAGGGCGAGCUCGGCGGCAAUGGAGAAGAUGAAGAAGAAGAUGGAGAGGAUGGACACGGCAAGACAGGCGGUUUCCAUCUUGCACGCAUUGUGGUCGCUUGGCAGACUGCUAAUGGUGCGGGUGGUUUUGUUAGGCGUGGUGUAUGGUGUAGUGACAUCGCCAGUGCAAGAGCCGGAGCCGUUCUUGUUGGCGACGGCGACAAAGAUGAAGGCGCAUGCAAACGCAAGAUCGAAGAGCAUGGCGAAGAAGGACAUCAAUGGUAGGCCGGCAACACAGCACGUCACGAGCAGCCCAAUGAUGGUGUAUAAGACUGCGGCACCAGCGAUACCUUCGACUGCUCGCAUGUUUUGUGAAAUGUCCAUCUUGUGGUCAGCCAGAGUGACGAGGAAGUACGAGUAUAGAGAGAGGACGAUGACGGCACAGCAGAGCUGGAGCCCGCGGAUGAGCCAUAAUAGCGUUUUGAGCCCGGCAGACAUGGCGGCAAAGUUUCGAGAAAGUCUGGGAUAUUGGUCGAAAGUUUUGGGGGCGGUAAAAUGGUACUGGAGUAUAUUUAUAUUGGCGAUUAGAGUUUGG